GUUCUCACCGUGUCCGAGGUGGGGCACGACGGCGUGUACGCGUUGGUGGACCACGUGUGCCUCGCGCAGCGCGUCGGGGCGCUGCCGUGGCUGGGCCCGGCGCAGGUUGACCUCCUGGACAGGUUUGUCGAGGUCUUCUGGCUCAACGAGACGCUGUCGGUCAUAUGUCGGGAGCUGUACACCUGCUUUCGAUCCAGGUCGAGCUUCCCGCCUGCGGACAGAUGCAAGAGCUCAGCAAGGCGCAGGGCCGCGUCGCCGGCGUCUUCGGGGGACGGCAGCGCCACUCCGACGAGGCGUCGACAGACCAUGUCAGACAGGCUGUUAUCACCGAUGGUCAGUUAUCCAUCUGUGGCUUCUAUUGGUUCGAUGGGCAACGACACGAAGGGCGACGGCGGUCACGUGCAGGGGAACGGGCAGGACCUGUCCCCCCAUCAGGUGGCGAAGCGGAAGAUGAGCGUGCUGCUUCUCUUCAAGGCCGCCAUUUGCGAUCUGCCGUGCUGCCUCUACUUCCUGCGGGCGGCGGAGUGGAGGAACCGCGGCAGAAACAAGGCUUGGUGCGGCCUGCUGGGCAUGCUCAGCUCCCUUGUGGCGCUGCACAUCAACUGGCCGAGCUUGCUACCACCGGGAUUGGCGGCGCUGGCCGUAAGGUCUUCGCAAUGGGAUUGCUCUGAGGCGUCGGGGAUGAGGUGGAGGGAGAAUGAGAAGCAGCAGACGACAUCCGCUCGUGCUCGGCGCGGGCGCGGCUCCCAGAACACACAAACCCUUUCUUGGUAUUGCCUUUCCGCUGCUUGCUGCUUUGCAUGGCGCUUGCAUCCAAGAUGUGCAGAGCCGCACAGCUACACGGCACAUCGUAUCGAGGCAACGCUAGUUAGAAUUCAAUUAGGUAGAGCACAGCAUGCGGCCCGAGCAGCGCCGACGCGGUGCGAGGGCUCUUUUCCGCAGCGCCCUCGGGGGGGCGCCCGGCCGGCAGCCGAGCCGGCGCCUGUUGCGCCGACGCGCCUGCCCACCGCCCCAGGCACCCGCACGAGGCGAUUCUGCUCCACUCCGCGGCCCCCAGGGGUAUCGAACCCUUGCCUGAGGUCGGGCAGGGCCCCCUACAGGCAGAUCUUGGACGAAACAUCGGAACAUGUUCAAACAUA